GCUCGUGCCGCUGCUUCCUAGCAGCCUCCAGCUCGACGUUCCUGCAGCCUAAGGCGUGCUAGGGCAGUCGCACCCUCCGUAGCGCUGCUUCCCGCUCUCCCCGGGCAAGCAGAAGGCAGGGAGCUGCUGGACUGCUGCAGCACGUGGCUCUGCUCCCCUCACCUCUCUCUCCAUCUGCCUUCCAGGCACAUCACCAUGUGGCGCGUGGUGAUCGGGGCCACUCGGUUGACUCAGCUGGGCCCCGAGGCCCAAGUGCGCAAUAUUAAGCGGCUCCUGGCUCACGAACACUACACUAGUAUCUCGGAGAGGAACGACAUUGCGUUGCUGGAAUUGGACCAGCCUGUCCAGUGCAGCUCCUACAUACAGCUUGCCUGCGUGCCUGACGCCUCGCUGAGAGUGUCAGAGAUGACAGCCUGCUACAUCAGUGGUUGGGGUUCCACGACUGCAAGAUCUGGAGGCUCGACUGAUGUCCUGCAGGAGGCCAAGGUCCACCUCAUUGACGUCAACCUCUGCAACAGCAGCUGGUGGUAUAGAGGGGCCAUCCACAGCCACAACUUGUGUGCCGGCUAUGCGCAGGGUGGCAUCGACACCUGCCAGGGUGACAGCGGUGGUCCUCUCGUCUGCAAAGACAACAACGCGGACUACUUCUGGCUUGUCGGAGUGACGAGCUGGGGGAAAGGCUGUGCCAGAGCAAAACAGCCCGGAGUCUACACCUCCACUCAGCACUUUUACGACUGGAUCUCGGUGCAGAUGGGCCUGCGCCCAGCAGUAACGGCUACUCCAGCGCCACGGCCAGGCUUCACCUCAACCCCCUUUCAGAGGCCGAGGCCAACACCAACGCAACCGGGCAGGUUUACGCCCUGCCCGUUUCCACGCCAGAAGCUGGUGGAAUUCUUUAAUGUGCUGCAGGAGCUCCUGCAGGUCCUGAGGGGAAAAAGGGCUUGAGCAGCAGCAUGAAGAGCACGCAGCGCAGGCUGCGGUGUACCACGACCAUUUCCCCCUGGGGCAACGCCUGCUGCUGCAACGGCCGCCUCCGUGUCUAAGGCCUGCUCUGUCCUGCCCGUGCUCCUCGAGUGCCCGCAAACGCUGAAGGUGACUUAGUUCUGGAAAUAAAGUUGCCAGUUUUCACAGACAAGCACGCUUCGGUCCAAUUCAGUCUCCUGCGCAAGGCAAGGGCUUCCAUGGCCGGCACCUGCAAAGGGAGGCUGCAGGCAGCCGCGUAGGGCACAAAGGGGCUCAGAAACUCACUCAAAAGGGCCGAAAGCGUGCCUGGUCUGAGAGGAGGGUGCUCAGCGCCACCGUGGGAUUGUUAUCCCAAAAAGCGCAUUCGUUUGCCCGGUGUGCAAAACGCAAUGUCCUGGCACGGCCCCGGCUGCU